CAUAAGUUCGUAACUCUCCAUUCAGCCAUUACUUACAUAUUUUUUAACCCACACGAUGAGUAUAAACAAAUCCAUUCGGAGCAGCCGAAGGACUCGAAGAUCCCUAGCUUCGGGUGGUGACCUCAUUGGCCCCUAUAUCUACUGCAUCAACUUCUAUAAUAAUGGAUUGAGUGCGGUGCGGGAUGAGUUCGUGAAGCGGCUUGAAAGUGGCCUGCGACGCGCCAUGUUCGUCAUCGACUUGGACAAGGAAGUUGCGGAGGCCAAUUAUCAGUUCCAACGAAAGUCGAGGACCAAGAAAACUGGAUCUCUGGACGCGAAGUCCUUAGAUCCAUUGAGCAUUGUCCUGCAAUGCAUUCAGAACUGUGUUGAAGAGUUUGACAGAAUAACGAAGCAGAUCGAGUCCGAGUCGAACUUCGACCUGUACUCCUACUGGCAACGAAAUAUCCCUGCACAGCUCAAGAACCUAUUGGCGCCUAAAAAAAAGGGUGCUCCAGAUACGAAACGCGAUCUAAAUACAGCUAGAUCCAAAACGGGCAAGACAUCGAGCGACAAGGUGCGCCUGGAGAAGAUCAAGUGCUCGUCCGUUACAGCCAAGGAGCACAACAAAGUUGGCAAGGGAGUGCCGGUGUCCAAGCGGGAAUACAUUCGAGACAAUCCGACGUUCACGAAAAUGCUGAUCCUGAUCGUGGGGCAAAUGGAUAAUGACUUCUAUAAGAUGCUUAUGGCCUACGAACAACCGCUGCGAGCUAUUAUUCACUUUAUGCCGGAGGAGAGUGCCUACGAUAUUCUAGUGCCCCGACCUCGACGGGAACAGCAGCUCCAGGAAGCGUUGGCUGUCAUCCAGAAGGACAUCCAUUCGCUGCGAAAGAGGACACCCACAAAACCGGUUGGCAUUUUUCAGCAGCAGCUUCCCCAGAUGUCCGCUUGUAUGGCAGCCAAAUUCACGGACGAUAUCUUUGACCAGCUAAGUUGGUACAUGUACGACGUGGAAACCCUGAGGGAGUGGUACCGAUCGUACUACGUGGAUCCGUACAAGGAGACAAAUAUUAAAAUGGAUCCAUCCAUGUCGUUGGUGGAAGCAUUCCACAUUGUCGAAUCGCUGAGCAUUCAAGGGCACUAUCUCAAGACGCAAAUGCCGGCUUCCCUGAAUGAUAAUAGCACCGUUUACCUAUAUCUGGAGUCGCUGAUGAGCACGUUUGGUAAUCCAAAGGAACUGAUGACCGAAACGGAGGUACUGCUCCUGGCAAAUCCCACGCCAUCGGUUCAAACUCGAGUUCUGGACAAAGUUAAGGUGUACGCCAACUCGUUUAAGAGCAUCGUAAAGCUGCACAAAAACGACCGAAUUUUUGUGGAGGAAGCCAAUGUAUUGCUGUCCAACCUGAUUUCAUAUAUGGAUCAGUCCCUCAUGCGGAACGUCUACCACGGCUGUCUGGAGUAUAAUCUUUUGCGACGAUACUUCACAUCCGGGUAUAUCAACAGCUCACUGAAGUGUCAGCCCUACAAUGGUGAUGUGGAACCGAUCUAUCUGCCCAAGUUUGCUGAACUAUAUCUCACGGAUGACUCGGUGAUGCAACGCAUUAUAGAGCUGGUCAAGGACUACGAUGACUUCAGCCUGCAGGAGGUGCAGCCCAAUGUCCAUCUCUAUACUUUUCGACGGUCACUAAACGAGGUAUUUGAACAGGAAAAUCAAACUGUCAUACCAACGCGGCUCUGCUUCAGGGAUUUUACACUGUACGAAAUGGAAAAUUUUCUAAAGGACUUGGUUACCCCGAAAAGGUUCAACGAGGUGACUGAAAGUUAUUUGUCACGACAGACUGAGAGCGCUGAUAAUUUUGCGACUCAAGAUCCCUUCAUAGUGAGAUGCAACGAGGAGAACGAUGGUGUGCCCAUCGAUCCCAAAGUGUUUGUCCGGCGAAAAUCGAUUAAGGAGCAACUGGCCAAGAAGAGGGAAAAGGAAAAGAAGGAGCAAGAGGAAUCGAGGGCUGCCAGCCGAAAGGUAUCGGUAGCUCAAGAUGGUCUAUUGUCCAGUAGAACAGUUAGGCAGUCUCAGGCGCGUGCUACGAUAGCUUCGAUUCUGCAGGCAAAAGAUUCAACCGUCGACUCCAAGCACGCGUUUUUUGUGGGCCUUGGACGGAGCCAUCCCUUGCUGGAGGGGUAUAAUCUGGAUGACACCCGGCAAACCAUUAAGUGCAAGACCUCGAAGUACUUCUUCGAAGAGGGAAGAAUCGUGCUGUAUGAGGAGAGGUGGAACUUUCGCCAGAUGAACAAGUGUCUUGCCCUCGAAAUUGGUGGCCAGGAGGUACACUUUCGGAGUGCCGACGACCCGCGCGGAGUCACUGCCGCCGAUUCCAGUGUUAGGAUCGAGUCGAAGAACGGCAUAAGUCUACGGGUCUUGGCCACGCAGACCGAGUGCGCCAAGGCGGUUCUGAACUUUCCCAAUGGCCUGAGCACCUACUGCCACGACACCCACACGGAACACGUGUGGCAAUAUCAGGAGAACGUGCUGGACGAGAGUCGGCGUGUGUGCACACCUUAUGGUUGUGUAAUUGCAUUCUAUCAGAGCACCGACACCAUUGUGAUUAUGCGGUAUAAUGGUGAGGUGUACCAACUGUUCACCUUCACGGAGGCCGACAACGAGGAGGAGGAGGACCUCAACUCGGAGUUUAUAAAUGCCUGCUCCACGCAGUCCACGUACUCCACUUACCAGCCCCUCCGCGAGGCCAAGAAAAGGCAGAGGAGGUGUGAGAAUUCGUUGAAGAAGAGCUCCGUUACUCGCAGUAUGGGCGGAUUGGACUCCAUCAUACGUCCGUCCUUGUUCAGUGUUGACUCCAAGAAGAGUCAGAGCUCCAAAAAAUCAAUUCCGGUUAAGAGGAAAAGCCAGCUGCUUAAGGAACAACAGGCUGCAGCAUUGUUCGAAAGCAUCAAGUUCGAGUUAAACUAUCUCAAUUUCAUCAUGGCACUCUACAAGCUAAGCUAUCGCCACCUCAAGCUGACCACGUCGCUGGGUAGCGUGGUUCAUGUGCAACGCGAUGGGAAGAUCUGGUGCGGGAAACCCUAUCGGAACACCGAGUGGCACGACUAUUACGCCAACGAGUCAUAUUCGAUGCGAGACGAUGGUGUCAAGAUGGUCUGGACGUUGGGAGAGCUGCGGUGCUACCACAGCGACGGCACUGCCAUUACUUCCGAAACCGUCGAAGGCUGGGAUCCCGGCACGGAUGUCGACGAAAUUGACAUGGAAAUCAGUUCGAGCAGCUCACAUGCGAAUAUAGAAAUCGAAUCAAGCCAAAUAUUCAAAAAGGAGACCAUUUUUAUCAACGAUCCGGAAGGUUUGCCAUUUAAAGAUGUCAGCUUAAGUAAUUCACCGGACGCAGUUUCCCAAAGAAUUAGUUUGAGAAGUAAAGAAAUCUCUUCCAGUAGUGAUGUCUUGCCGGAGGAGGAGGAGGGCGAGGUCGACCUAGAAAAAAGCUACAUAACCUUCCUUCCAAACAGUUACUUCAUUGCCCACAAAGUCUAUGCCGGUAUCCACUUCACAUUCAGCCACAUCACAAAUGUGGAUCUACAUCUGGACACCUCGAUCUUUACCUGCGACAAUCUGAAGGUUCGUGUCUUUAGAGCUCCUUUGACAGCAAGUGUGCAGUAUUCUGAGCCCGUUGAAAUCCCGUCAUCUGCGGCCGAUCCGGAUGAAUGGACAAAGCCCGAAGUUCGCCCAUCAACUAAAAGUCAGCUAACAGAUCGAUCUUUUGAAGAAACUCCCUCUAGCGAGGACCAGUCGGCAGAAGACGUGGAUCUCGAUGUACCAUGUGUGGAGAUCGAGUGCAGCAACCUGGCAUUAACUUUGUAUGGUGAUCGGGUCAUCAUACAGACCCACCUGCGCAAGUUUGGAUGUGACGAGAACGCAAAGUGCGACUUGCAAGUGCGUGACGAUAUUGAGUUGAAAGUGAACUUUGCCGAAAGCCUGUUGACCACUUUUCGAAAUUGGGUGGACGAACUGACCAGUUUUAUCAAUUGUUUCUGUCCCAAGAGGCGCACCUUGUACUUCCUGGAAACCCAGAACAGAUCCUGCCAAAGAAAAGGAUUUGAGUUGUAUAAAUCGGUGCCGCCUCUCGGAAAAUAUAACUUAUGUGCUGGCAACUUCUUUAUCGAUGUGAACGAGCUGACCUCUGUAAAUAGCCAAAUGCAAAACCGGCACAAUUCGUUCGAGCGGGAUAUGCAAAAGUUUCCGCGCUUUCAAACUCGCAAGAAACCAGUGAAAGCCGAUUUUCCAAUGGUUCUGAAUUCUAGAAUUUAUGUGGAGAUUCCUGCACAACUAGCCAAUACGGAUCGGAUACACCAGUUUGUUUCUGAAUUUGAUUCGAUCAAGUUCAGGAAGCAGCGGUAUCGCUUUAAUGAAGCUAUUAUGUUUCAUUUGUAUCCGCGACUGCAGCUUUUGGUUCAGCAGGAGAUUAGCAAGCGCAGUUGGAAGAAUCAUCAUGAAGAAAAUCGACGGCGCAUGUUCAUAGAGCAACAGCGUUUUAGCCUCUAUAUGGCCAUGCUGAAGCACAAGGUGUAUCCCAGCUACUUCCAGUUCAAGGACCAGUUCAACUCGCAUGUCCGCAACAUCGAGUUCUUCCAGUUCAUGACAUCCAAGUGCAACGAGAAGACGCAUCCCGAUGAUAUUAUCACCGAUCCCGCCGAGGAGCCCAGUCCGCCAGUCAAGCCCAAAUUAAAGAAGAACAAAUGUGUUUGUCCCAAGUACAUCAAAUCUUUAGAUUAGCCACGUUUUGUAACGCAUUAAAAUAAAAUUAAAGAUUUAA